GAAAAAGAAAAAGAAAAGCAUAUCUUGAAUGAAAGGCUGUGAGUUAUCAUCAGCUGAAAGAAUGGAGGGAGAAGCUGCCGCCGCCGUCCUUCAAGUUCUUGUUCAAAACCUCAUCGACCAAUCCAAGAAAGAGUUCUCACUUGUCCGAGGCCUCGAAAAAGAAGCAAAAAAGCUAAGUGAGAGUCUGGACACGAUCCAGAAAUUCUUGAACGAUGCCGAGAUGCGUACCAUCCCGGGCGAGGCUGUCAAAAGCUGGCUCAAGAAGCUUGAAAACGUGGCGUUCGAUGCUGACAACGUGUUGGAUGAGUUCAACUAUCAUCUCCUCUGCAAGCAAAUCAAGCCCAUCAAACCUAUGAAACAAAAGGUUUGGUUGAAGAAGGUGAAGCAGAGACUUGUUUAAAGAGCAUACCAAGAAAGUUUGACGGUUGUACUCAUUUUAUUCUUGGCGUUAUUGCAUGACAGUUUGGAUUGAUGUUGUUGUUGUUGUUGUGUUUUAUCGAACAAGAUCCUAUGUUUUGUAUUUAUGCCUUGGUCUUUUAUCUGACUAUUAGAUUAUUGUCACCUACAUUUGGUGAUGGAUUCAUGGUUUUCA